AUGGGUUGUGAGAGUGUAUACAUUGUUUGGAGAGGGAUGGAGGAGGAUCACUCACAUAUAUCCACAGAUCACUCACAUAUACCCAUAGAUCACUCAAAUAAAUCCACAGAUCACUCACAUAUACCUAUAGAUCACUCACAUUUAUCUACGUCAAGACAAAGAAAGCACAUCAUAGAUAUCAGAUACAGCCAGACCCAUUUAAAUACGAUAGGAGAAGGGAAACAACGAACAAUUAUCCUUAAAGGCGCAGUGAGAAAUAUUACCAAUCUGGAUCUCAUCCAACCUGCCUGUUAUGUUUUCUCCCCUUCUGAAUCGUUUGGUAUACAGAAGCUGCCUAUCUACAUCAACAUUGUCAGAGAUCCUCUGGACCGGUUGAUAUCUUACUAUUACUUUGUUAGAUACGGCGAUGAUUUCCGGCCCUUCCUUAGGAGGAGGAGAUCUGGGGAUCACGAG